AUGACCAUGCUGGCCACCAAGGGCAAGCUAGAACUCUUCAUUUUGGCAAGGCAGCAUUUCUUCUGGCCCAAGAUGGAGCAUGAUGUGAAGGAGUAUGUCAAGUGCUAUUUUAAUGUGGAUUGUGAGAAACACUCCAUUAAAGUGACAUGGAAGGUCAGUCCAGAGUUGGUUGAAAAUGCUGCCCGUCUUUUCCUUGGACACUGUGUUCCGUCCACAUUUUCUGUUCUUCCCACGGGAGAAGGGAUGGCGACAUUCCACUACAACCUCAAUGGCUGUGCCAUCAAGAAACGGGUGACUGGCAAAAAACACAUCUAUUCAACCAACCUGACUUACAGACCUAACCGAAAGCCCAAACCUGCUGCUAUUAGUCACCAUAUUAAGUGUGUUUACAUAAGACCUGAGGGAUGGAUUCCCCCAUUCCUUAUCCCUGCCUAUGGUAGUGCUGAGGGUCAUGGAGGAUUGGUUUUCCACAUGGCACUCCUCAAUGAAGACCUUACUGGUCUGGCUAAGACCAGCCUGUUUCCCCUGGGCUCUUUCAUCCCCAUCUGGGCAGCAGUGGAUCAGAAGGACCAUCAGCCCUUGCUGCUGCUCUUGGAGGAGUGUGUGGCGGCCACAACACCAGAACUGCAGUCUGCGAGCCUGGUGUACCCCAUCAUCACCAACAAGGGUUGCCUUGCAGAUGGGAAGACUGGGAACUCCAGGUUCCUGCCUAGGUACCACUCGUCUGCUAUUCUGCUUUACCUGCAGUCCUUCAAGUUUGCCCUAGGCGAGGAAGUGUAUAUUCAUUGUAAGCUUGUUGCAUGGGACCCUGAGGUUUUUGAUAUAGAAAAGAAGGCCUGCCACUACAUUAAAGAGACUGGAGAAUGGGAGCUGCUGGACGACCCGUCUCAAAGUGACCUCUGCAAGUGCUGUGACUCGAGUUGCAAGCCUCGGUUGAAGAGGGGUGUGGAUUCAGAACCCCAGGGCCUGGUUCAAAACUCUGUUCUUGGACCGCUCACAAUAGUGGAAAACUCUGAAACCCAGAUCCCCAAUUUUAAUGUGGAUUGUGAGAAACACUCCAUUAAAGUGACAUGGAAGGUCAGUCCAGAGUUGGUUGAAAAUGCUGCCCGUCUUUUCCUUGGACACUGUGUUCCGUCCACAUUUUCUGUUCUUCCCACGGGAGAAGGGAUGGCGACAUUCCACUACAACCUCAAUGGCUGUGCCAUCAAGAAACGGGUGACUGGCAAAAAACACAUCUAUUCAACCAACCUGACUUACAGACCUAACCGAAAGCCCAAACCUGCUGCUAUUAGUCACCAUAUUAAGUGUGUUUACAUAAGACCUGAGGGAUGGAUUCCCCCAUUCCUUAUCCCUGCCUAUGGUAGUGCUGAGGGUCAUGGAGGAUUGGUUUUCCACAUGGCACUCCUCAAUGAAGACCUUACUGGUCUGGCUAAGACCAGCCUGUUUCCCCUGGGCUCUUUCAUCCCCAUCUGGGCAGCAGUGGAUCAGAAGGACCAUCAGCCCUUGCUGCUGCUCUUGGAGGAGUGUGUGGCGGCCACAACACCAGAACUGCAGUCUGCGAGCCUGGUGUACCCCAUCAUCACCAACAAGGGUUGCCUUGCAGAUGGGAAGACUGGGAACUCCAGGUUCCUGCCUAGGUACCACUCGUCUGCUAUUCUGCUUUACCUGCAGUCCUUCAAGUUUGCCCUAGGCGAGGAAGUGUAUAUUCAUUGUAAGCUUGUUGCAUGGGACCCUGAGGUUUUUGAUAUAGAAAAGAAGGCCUGCCACUACAUUAAAGAGACUGGAGAAUGGGAGCUGCUGGACGACCCGUCUCAAAGUGACCUCUGCAAGUGCUGUGACUCGAGUUGCAAGCCUCGGUUGAAGAGGGGUGUGGAUUCAGAACCCCAGGGCCUGGUUCAAAACUCUGUUCUUGGACCGCUCACAAUAGUGGAAAACUCUGAAACCCAGAUCCCCACCAUCUAA